AUGUCUCAAAUAUCCACCCCACAUGCUUCGCGACCAGGAUCGGAGGCGCUUGACAUUGAGAUGAAGUCCGCGGAGAUGAAAAGGCCUUCAUCGGAGUUGCGCCAGUCUUUGGAUACUCUACUUGAACAAUACUUAUACCUGCUGGAUCGACAGCAAGAAUUGCAGUCGGGAUUAUCCCAACAGUUGGCCUCGGGAUUUCUCUCCCUUGCCCAUGCAAACUACACCUGCCCCCCCGGCCGACGAUACGGCGCCGACUACUACGAUGAUAGAAUGAAGGCAACACGAAAAAUUUCGGUUCAGACUCGACCAAAAAAGGCCCAUGCCGAGACAACGAAAUUGGAAGACAAAGCCGUCUGUACUCAAUUAAAGGACAAUGAUUACUGGCUGGCCAUGGAUUAUACUCCUCACAGCAAUACAGAGCAACGGCGCAACUCGGACUCUGGAUCGCCAGAGCCGCGGGACUCUAACAUCGAAGAUGCUUCUCAACCCCUUACUUCAGCCCUAGAUGAGAAUGAGGCGCCGGUCCAUAUUAUUGACGGUGCAAAUACCCCUCGAAAGGAAACUACAACCCCAAGGUUUCAAUCUGAUAACCCCAUCCAUUGGUAUGGUAUCUUGGUGCCAUCAUCGUUGCGCAGCGCUCAAAAUGCUUUCACCGACGGCAUUCAGGGUCAUGUACCCCAAUUAGCGGCCAUAACCAUGAAAAUGCGUGCUUUAGAACAACAGAUUACCCACCUGCAGACUGAACUGGCUUGA